UCCCUCUCCUCUUCUCCCGCUGCUGCCUCCGCUGUGACAUCACUGCUCUCAGCUCAUUACUGGAAGAUGCUCGGUUUUUGUUUUUGUUUUUUUUUAAUGUCUGCAGCCCCAGCAGCAUCUCCUGAGGGUCUGUUCUUCCUUGAGGACCUGCAGGUUCCAAUACCCCCAGUUCCUCUCUGCAGCUUUCCUAGAUGCCUGCAACUCCCAAAGUGCUCCCUGGAGAUCUUUCACAGGACCUCAGUCACUUGACUGCAGCUGCUUGUUUAACUGAACAGCUUACUGGGUUAGACUGGCAGCCCUUUGAGGACAGCCUAACUACUACCAAAUCUGCACAUGCUUGCCCUGAAAGGGGCUGAUAUGCCUGGCUACUAGAAGGGAAAUUCUGGGUCCAGUGAGGUUAAUCGGCCUGCACAAGGUCAAGGCUGCUGACCCUGCUAAGCAGCUUGAGCCUCCAAAUCCUCCCCAGCAGGAGCUUCGGGACAGACACAGCCGGCAGUGGCUUGUGAGAGCCGGCCAGGGCCAUUUGGUCCCUGGCCUGGGACCUUCUGCAGACUGGGCUUGAGGGGGGAUGGGGCAGCUGAGCCAUGUGCACCACCCUCUUCCUGCUGAGCACCUUGGCCAUGCUCUGGCGCCGCCAAUUUGCCAACCGGGUCGAACCAGAACCCAGUGGAGUGGACGGGGCAGUUAUUAUGGGCAGCAACUGCAGCAACUCCGACAAGGACCUCCAGCCCUCAGGCAGGGAGAAAGAGCCUCUGAAGUAAGCCUUCACUUCAUCGGGCUGAGCUCGGCACUGGGGACUGUGAUCAGCUGGCCAGGAGCAAGCUGCAAUGGGUGCAGAAGCCACUGGGGGACUAAGAGAAGCAGCAGUGGAGAAGGGGAGGAUGCAGGGAGAGACCAAAGAGGCGGCUUCAAGAGGGAUUCAGGACAAACUGGAAACAAGUCCUUUCACUGAAGGACCACUGACCCUCUCUGUGUGAUGCAUGUGCCCCCUAGUGGGGGUUAAGACUAGACAGUGGCUAAGAAAAUUACAAAGAAACAAAACAAAAGACAUUUUCUGAGCCUAUGAGCUAGGGAGGAAGUACCAGUCCUGUCCCUAUGUGAACACACACACACACACACACACACACACACACACACACACAAACACACACACACACAGAGUUAAUGCAUGCAGAAGCCACAUGAACUAAGCAUUAAAAGAAAUUCAUGUAUUCCUUUGCUUUUUUACUUACAAGUGUGUAUUGGGAGCCUACAAUGUACACACCCCAUGCCAGGUGUUGUGAGUAAUAUGGUAAUACAGUCUGCAUCACACCCUGACUUGCACAAAUGCAUGCAAAGACCUGGCCUGGGAAGCCUAGUUCCUCCAGCAAGCCCUAUCUGCUUGUGUAACCUUUUAGUUUUCUAGAUCUCAGUUUUCCCCAUUCAGUAAUCAUGUGUUGAAACUAGGCGGGCUGGUGCUCAGAUUUAAAGAACUAAUGCCCUCCUCAGGAAAAGGAUCACUGAGUAAAAUGAAGGGAGGGGCCAGAUGACCUCAGGGUCCCCACAGAUUGUCCUCAUCCAGAGAGACUGUGUCUGGAGGCGCCGAGCAAGCUUACUGCGUGACGAACAUUUACGCAGUGUUUGUACCAGGCGCUCUGGAUACAAAAAUGGAUUAAGACCUUCUGCCACAACCAACCAGGAAGCUGCACAAAAUAUAAGAAACAGACACCUGACAACAGGCAACACACACGACAACGUCCCCACGACUGCCUUGGCCUCUGUACCGCAGAGACAAUUCCCUGCUACUCAUAAAGAUAUCCAGCAGACCAAUGGAAGCCAAGAGCAGCAACAAAGCUGUCUUUCUGGAGAAAAGAAAGUAGGAUACAGAAGGCACUAACAAUAGGAGAAAAACUCACGGACUUUAUCAAAGGUAAACUUCUGCUCUUGGAAAGCAUGGGAGAAAAUAUUUGCCAAAUAUCUCAGAAUAGACUUGUAUGCAGAAUAUAUAAACUUUUUUUUACAUUUCAAUAAUAGUAAGGCAGCACAAUUUUUUAAAAUGUAGGAGGAGCCACUAUACCCAAAGUAUACAUAUAAUCAAUGAACACACAUAAGGAUGCUUAGUAUCAUAAAUUAGGGAAAUGCAAGUCACAAGCACAAUGAGAUUCCACGACACACUACUAGAAGGGUUUAAGUUAAAAAGUGGCUGUAAUAAGGUGAAAAUAUGGAGAAAUUGUAAUCCUAUAAUAAAACCAUUUGGGAACUCAGUGUGAUGUUCUCUUAUAAACAAAUCCAAGAGGAAUAAGAAUUUAUGCCCAUAAAAAGAUUUUACAGAAAUGUUCAAGCAGUUUUAUUAACAAUAGCUAUUGUAGGAGCUGGGGAUUUAGCUCAGCAGCAUAAGUGCCUGCCUUGCAAGUGUGGGGUCAUGAGUUCAAUCCCCGGUACCACAACAACAAAAAACAAUAGCUAUUGUUAAUAGCAACCAGCUAUUGUUAAUAACUAGAAGUAACCUAUCUACCAGCAUGUGAAGGAGUAAACAGGUGCAUUAGUACAAUACAACAAUGCUCAGCAAUAGACAGACAUGAGUUACAGACAUCAGCAAGAACAUGUGUGCACUGAGAAGCCAGACACAAAAACAGCACCUCUUGUGGGAUUUCGUUUAUGAAAUUCUGGGGCAGGCAAAACUAAUGGAUGGUGAUAGCAUGCCGAGCAGUGGUUACUGAGGGCCAAAUGGAAUGGGGCUGACUGUUACAGGGUCCCAAGGUACUCUUUGGGAUGACGAAAAAUGUUCGAGUUCAUGUCUGGGAUUAUGCUUGCUGCACUCUAAUGGCACAUUUUGAGCGGAUGUAUUUUAUUGACAUAUACUAGACCUCAAUAAAGACGACAACACAGUUAAAACAAGAA